UCCAUACUGAAAUUAAUUAGUUACGAGAUGACUUUUUUAAAAUUUGUUAUUUUAGUUUCUUUGAUUUUAACGAUUCAGUCUCAGAAAACUAAAAUUAUUCGAAAAAACAUUUUUCUUGCUCGACAAAAACGUUAUUUAACUUUUCCCGAACGCAGCAACUUUGUGAUAAGUAUGACUCUCGGUAAACCUUUUAUGAUGACUCAACCUAAAGGCUUUGUGCUUUGUCUGGAAUGCGAUGUUCCUUUUCCUUUACCGAGUGAUACAAGAUUGCAUAAAAGUUUCAAAAGAAAUCAUUACAUUCAGAAGAGGGAACUUUUAGCAAGUUUUGAAAGCGCUUUUGAUAAAUACGAUUUAAAUGGUAAUGCUUGCGUAAAAAGAAUGAUAUGCAAUUUUUAGCGAGCCAGAAAUUCGGACUAGACCUUGCAACAUGUCCACUUUUUCCAAUUGCACAAUUUCCGUAAUGAAAUAUAUUUUAGGCAGUUUCAAAUUUGAAUAAAUUUUGUGUUAGGCAAC